AAUUUUAAAGAAGAAAAAAAAAUUAGAAGAUAGAGAAAAAAAAAUAGGAAAUUGUAAUUAAAUUUUAGUGGUUAUCUCGUUAAAAAAAAAAAAAUUAGUAGAGUUUGACGGAGUGAUUUUUCCGGAAUUGGUUGAAGCGACGGAGUUUAUUUUGUGGAGCUUAUCGGAUAUUUUUCUGGAGCUACAUAUUAUUUUUCGGUCUGCUAUUUUACGAGGUCUACAAGAGCGACGGAGUUUAUUUUGUGGAGCUUAUCGGAUAUUUUUCUGGAGCUACAUAUUAUUUUUCGGUCUGCUAUUUUACGAGGUCUACAAGAGCAAUGACGACAAUCGAUUUGUCGUUUGUGAUACGGUUUGACGGUAGUAUUGUAAACUCUCCCCGCGGAGUAGAAUAUUUUGGGGGUAGUUAUGUGCAAGUGCCGUUGACUGGAAGAAUAAAUUUCCAACAGUUGAUUGAUAUUUGUGGAUCGGCAAUAACCAGUGCUGUGGGCCCGGUGGAGAUCAGUAAGAUAUAUUUUCGGGUUCCUCAUUUUCAAGGGGAACAAAUAUAUUCAUAUUCCUUAAUGGAUGUCCAGGGCGACCCACAUGUAUGUGCUAUUCAGACCGAGGCAUGUCGCAUGCCAGCACUAAGAUUUUUAGAGUUGUACGUGGAGUACCGCAAGGCGGUUGUUGAAGAUAUUUCUAUUGAUCAACUGCAUAUAUCUGCUUCUAGUGAGUCGGAGAGGGACAGUGAGGAAGAAGGAGAACACGAUCACUACGAGACCGAAGUGGAGAAUAUGGAAGACAUACUCAUUGCUGCUGAACUUGGUAAUACAGUGUACCAGUCCCGACUGCCGGCACAUGUUAGACGUGUAGAUCUCGAAGACUUCGACGUCGACUUGGACUCAUGGGAAAAGCAGAAAGUUGAGUGGGAGAGGGGGAUGGAGUUUGAAGAAGGGAUGACUUUCUCGAGCCGAGAUGCUGUUCGGGCUUGUGCUGUUACCUAUUCGGUGGACAAUGGAAGAGAGUUUCAGAGUUGUCGGACGACGCUGAAAACGUUGGUUCUCGUUUGCAAGCACAAAGAGAUAUGCCCAUGGUGGCUGCGUGCCACACUUCUUAAGAAAACCAACACAUGGACGUUGACAAAAUAUAUCGGGCCACACAUAUGCGAUAUGCAAGUGUCAGUUCGUCACCACCGAAAUUUUGGGAUUGCUCAGAUCGCCAAUUAUAUUAAGACGCAAGUGCUAGGUCAGCGUGACAUACGGAUCAAGACGUUGAUUGCGGGACUACUUGAAUUUACCGGAGUAGCUCUUCUGUAUAAAAGGGUGUGGUACGGCAAAGAGAGGGCAAUCUCCAGCGUUUAUGGGGACUGGGAAUACAAUUACAGUCAACUGACAAAGUUCAUGGAUAAUGUGGUGAAAGUGAAUCCUGGAUCGUUCUGGCAUGGCGAAGGUCCAAUAUCCGAGUGUGGCGGGCUUCAAUGUAGAAUUUUCGAACGGAUGUUCUGGACGUUCUUCCCGAUGGUGGACGAAUUUCCGUUUUGCAAGCCAAUUCUAUUCAUCGACGGCACUCACUUAUACGGAAAAUUUAAGAUGCACAUGUUGAUAGCUUCGGCGAUAGAUGGCAACAACCAUAUAAUGCCGGUGGCUUUUGCGCUCGUAGAAUCCGAAUCCAUUGCCAGUUUUGAAUAUUUCCUGGGUCAUCUCCGAGAUCAAGUCUUACGCAAUCGCAAGGUUGCCAUCGUUUCUGAUCGUGCUCCCGGAUUAAUUUCCGUUUUGAGACGUCCGGAGUGGGACGACGUCGAUCAGUUUUUCUGCAUAAGGCAUUUAAUGGCCAAUUUCCACUCUUUAAUCGGAAAUAGGGAGUUGAAGGACUUGGCUGAGAAAGCGGGUCGGGCCUUUCAAGAGAAGAAGUACAACGCAUGCAUUGAGAGCAUGAGGAUAAGAUCGGCAGAAGGGCAUGCAUACUUGACCAACACAGAACAUUUGAGACCCGAGCAGUGGACUAUGUGUCAUGACAAAAAAGGGCAACGAAACGGGGUUAUGACAACGAACUACGCCGAGUCCGUUAAUGCGAUGCUGAAGAAUAUAAGGGGCCUUCCUAUCACAGCAAUGAUAGAGGCUAUCUUUGACAAGCUCAGUGAUACGUUUGUCCGGCGUUGGGACAUGUAUAAAGACCUAAUCGCCAAAGGCGUCAUGUUUACUCCGAUCUGCAUCGCGCACAUCAAAAAGGCAACGCUAAAGGCCCGCUACCAUAGUUGCAAGAAAUAUAACUCGGACAACAUGACUUGCAGGGUGACCACCAAGAAGGACAAUCAGCGGAAUAAGGGAGGUAAUAUUCAAAAGGUCAACCUUAAAAAAAGGAGGUGCUCGUGCGGAAAGUUUCAACACCGUAAAUUGCCCUGCUCCCAUGCCAUGGCAGUCAUUCACGAUCAGAAGUUGAACCCCCACGACUUCAUCAGGUGGCGCUAUAGAACCGAGAAUGCCAUUCAAGUCUGGAAUACUCCGUUUAAACAGUUACCUGACGGCAAGAUGUGGAUUGCUUCUCGGGAGAUACCUUUCAUCCCAGAUGUUAACAGGAUAAGAGCGAAGGGGCGACCGGUAAACAGACGGAUCAGGAAUGACAUGGACCAGACCUAUAGGGAGGACAGUAGCCCUAACUUUUGUAGUAUGGAAGCACCUCUUCACAGCCCGAGGCGCCACCAUCUUCGUCUUAUUCAGUACCUCAGGACUUCUCCACUUACGGUGGUUCCGCUUUUACCCCCUUUCAGCCACCACCCCCGACACAGACACCUCCAGCCCAGCAGUACGGAGGACUAUUUGAAGAGAACUUGUCCUAUCCUCAAACGCCUGCAGUAGGUAGUUUUAGCCAGCUUCUUCAGGGGUACAUUCCACAGCCGCCUUCCUCCUCUUCCCGCCCAACUCAGAGCCCAUCGCAAAUGCAUUUUUCUCUAACUGAUGAGUGGGUGAGCAAUUUGCAGGCUCCCACACCUCCACUUGGUGAUGUUGCUAACAUGACGCCUCCUUCAUUUUCCCUGGGGUUAGGGAACCCCUCCUCACAGGCUCCUGAUGACGAGGAUGACGAUGUGGUCAGUCCAAGUGGUAGCGACAACAACAGCUCCGGCCCAGAUCUCAGACCUUAUCGGCCAUUGACUCAUACCCAGAUGAGUCGGCGUCAGAACAGGGGUCGAAACUUGAGGACACUCUUACGGACCCCAGAUAGAACAAACAUGUAGUUGUAUUUUAUAGCUUUUUUUAUUGUUGUCCACAUAUUUUUGAUUAUUUGACUUAUUUUAA